UCUUUGUUCUAUUUUAAAGCAUAACGUAAGAUUUUACUACAGCGAUAGGUAAAAUCCCAUUAGAAAUGUUUGAAGUUGUCUAUAAAUUUGAUCAGUCUGAAACUGAUGAACACUUUGGUUUGAUCUUCUUUAUGACCUAAAAGGUGAAAACAAAAAGAAGAACUAGAUCAUGAAUGAGAACACCAGAAUGAACAGAAACCAGACUUACUCGCCUGACGUUGAGUUUAUAACAGAGAAUAAUGUCGAGUUGAAGAAACGAUUGGACAGUUGUAAAAAAAAGAAAUAUCACAAGGAGUUUAUCACCAUGGAGACGUUUCUAAGCAACCCGUGGACCAACAUUGAUGACAAGUAUAAAGCUAUAGUUCAGCUUCCCAAGUUUUUGAAGCACAUGUCGGCUCUGACUGGCAUGAUCGUUGUUAAAAAACAGGAAGGCACGAUUACAGGAAGUGGGUUCAUUCACAAAAUUCGCAAAGUAUCCGGGAGUGGCUGCCCAUGCCACACAUGUUUACUUAAUAAGGAACCUAAGAAACAAGUCUACGCUAUUCUAACGGUGACGACGGUUCUGCAUACUUUUGAUAAAAAAUGGGACGUGGCGUUGGAAAGCGGCGUCUUCUCUGAGAACUGGGAGCCCAAAAACACUACAGUGAGACUCUUUUAUGAUACAGAUGAUGAGGCACAAGAAACAUUUAUAUAUGGCUACAAUCUCUUGGAGACAGACAAGGAGAUAAACAUCCACAGUGACUGGUGCUCAGUUGAAUGUGUCACUCAUGAUAUGAAAUUAGUUGAAGAACUUGAGGCCAAGUUGGACAAAUAUAUGGAGUUACAAGGAGAGAUCUAUAGAAAAUCUAAAGAACUAAGACUGAACGAUUUGGUCAUCAUUAUAGGUCACCCUCAUGGAGGUCCCAAGAUGAUAAGUGUUGGGAAACACAAACAAUUUAGAGUAGAGAUUCUCAAAGAAGUCAGGAACUACCAACAGUGGUGCCGCUAUAAAUAUGACAAUAUAACAUGCUGUGGUAACAGCGGUUCUCCCAUUUUUAUACUGGGUCAGCCCCUGUGUGGCUUUGGCUACUGGUUCGGACAUCCGCACAACCACUCAAAGGGACUCCACGAGAAGGCGAAAGGAGGGUGCAGCUCAGUGGGGGUUGAGCAUAUCGUCAUUUAGUGUAAACAAGAGGAAUCGAGAAGUGUUAUGUUAUCACGGUUAACGAGGGUUUCAUGUAGCCAGCACAACGACCAACCACAUUGACUUUUCCCCAACUAAUAUACACAUUAGCGCUGGGUGGACUCAGAGGCGCUAUUGAGAUCCCGAAAUUGAAAAUCCCAGUCUUCGCCGAGAUUCGAACCCAGGACCCCCAGUUCAGAAGCUUGGCGCUCUACUACACAGCCACCACACCUCUCAAAAAUUCACUAAUGUGAUAAUUUAAUUUUUUUAAAUGAUAAUAUUGGAAAUGUUUAUCUAUGGCUGUAAAAUAUCAAUAGUAAAACAUGUUUGUUGUAUCUAAUGUAUAACAUGUACGAAGUGUUAAUAAGGUAUGUACACAUGUAUUACAAAUAAAUGAUUACUGAAUUUAAGAUAAGAAAAUGUAAUUUUAUUGGUCCAAACAAAUGGAAAUCCAUUUGACUUUAACUGUCGGCUUCAUCAUUACUAAUACAAUAACAAUGAUACAGAUGCAAAUACAAUCAAUAUAAAACACAUACAUAAAUUCAGCACUAUUAGAAAUCAGGGGCGUAGUUAGUAAUUUUCCAUCGUUUGGUGGCCCCGGGGGCUUGUCGUCUUUGGAGGUCUCUGCAUUUUGCGUAAUAUUUAAUUUUUUAAAUGUAA